AUGGGGAAGAGGAAGUUCUCCGGACUGGAGAUUGUUCUCAUGGUCUUGUUUCUAAUGGUGACAGUGGUUGCGGUGGUGCUGAUAGUUCUCAUGGCCACAGGAGAGCCAGCUGUAACUAAAGAUCCAACUCAUCCAACGGAUCCAACUACGAGUUCACCAAUCAAUAUCGAGUGCCCUAACAUCGCACUGGCUGAGAGAGUGGACUGUUUCCCAGAACCUGGUGCUUCCCAGCAACGAUGUGAGGCAAGAGGCUGCUGUUGGAGUCCAAGAGAUGAGACCAACAUUCCCUGGUGCUUCUUCUCCAAAAAUCAUGGCUACAAAGUUGUCAGCAAACAAACUCCGGACAACACGCAUAUGAUGGCAACCUUGGAGAGAAUGAAUGCCCCCUCCCUGUUUGGAGCUGACAUUCCCAAACUGACAUUCCAUGCCUGGAUGCAGACCAAAAACCGUUUCCGAUUCAAGAUCACAGAUGCUGAGAAGACCAGGUUUGAAGUGCCACAUGAGCAUGUAAAGCCUCCCACCACUCCCUUAACUGGAGCCCCCAACUAUGAGUUUGAGCUCUUGGAAAACCCUUUUGGUGUGAGAGUGCGCAGAGCGUCCAACAAAAAAAUCCUGUUUGACACCACCAUGGGCCCCCUGGUGUUUGCUGAUCAGUUUCUGCAGCUCUCUAGCAAGCUGCCCUCUGAGAAUAUCUAUGGUCUGGGAGAGCACGUUCACCAGAACUUCCGCCAUGAUCUCAACUGGAGGACCUGGCCCAUUUUCACCAGGGACGCUUUCCCUAACGGAGGUACUCACAAUCUCUAUGGUCACUACCCCUAUUUCACCUGCCUGGAAGACAACCAAGGGAAAUCCUUUGGCGUUUUUCUCAUGAACAGCAAUGCUAUGGAGGUGACACUGCAGCCUGCACCUGCAAUCACUUACAGGACGAUCGGCGGUGUGCUGGACUUCUACAUCCUCUUGGCCGACACCCCUGAACAGCUCACUCAGGAGUUCACCGAGCUUAUUGGUAGACCUGUUAUCCCUGCCUACUGGUCCCUGGGCUUCCAGCUGAGUCGCUGGAAUUACGGAAGUCUGGAUGAAGUCAAGAGGACGGUGGAGAGGAAUGUGGAGGCUGGACUGCCUUUUGACAUCCAGUACACAGAUAUUGACUACAUGGAGGACAAGAAAAUCUUCACUUAUGAUAUGGUUAAAUUUAAGGAUCUGCCCCAGUUUGCUGACUACCUGCAUAACAAGGGAAUGAAGUAUAUUUUGAUUCUUGAUCCUGCUGUGGCCACCAGUAAGAGAAUCAACGGCCCUUAUGAGGCAUAUGACACAGGCUCCCAGGCCAAUGCAUGGAUCACAGAGGCAGACGGCAAGACUCCCGUGCUUGGAGAGGUGUGGCCCGGGGAGACAGUAUUCCCUGACUUCACCAGUAAGGCUUGCAUUGAUUGGUGGGUUGAUGAAAAUGUGAAACUCCAUAACCUUCUGAAACAUGAUGCCAUCUGGAUCGACAUGAACGAAGUUGCCAGUUUUGUGAAAGGAUCCAAAAAUGGGUGCACUGAUGGCCCCCUCAACUACCCUCCAUACACACCAAGAAUCCUUGAUGGCCUGAUGUACAGUAAGACUCUGUGUAUGGAUUUCAAACAGCACUGGGGAAACCAUUAUGAUGUACACAGUCUGUAUGGAUACUCUAUGGUUCUGGCCACUGAGGAGGCUGUAAAGCAAGUGUAUGGGACGAACCGUUCUCUUAUGCUGACCCGAUCCUCUUUCCCUGGUGUGGGCAAGUACUCAGGCCACUGGCUGGGUGACAAUGGUGCCAACUGGAACGACAUCAAAUGGGCCAUCCCUGGCAUGCUGGAGUUCAGCCUCUUUGGCGUUCCUUACAUUGGGGCAGACAUUUGUGGUUUCUUUGAUGACAGUCCAGAGGAGCUAUGCAGACGCUGGAUGCAGGUUGGAGCGUUCUACCCCUUCAGCCGAAACCACAACGCUGAGAAUUACAAACCUCAAGACCCAGCAAUAUAUGGUAAAGAUUCCCUGCUGAUGAAGAGCUCAAUUAAGUAUCUGAACAUCCGCUACACACUGCUGCCGUACCUCUACACCCUUUUCUACAAGGCUCAUGUCAGUGGUGAGACCGUGGUGCGGCCCAUGAUGCACGAGUUCUAUUCUGAUCCUUUUACCUACACUGUGGACCGACAGUUCCUGUGGGGACGCCACCUGCUCAUUACUCCUAUCCUGGACCCUGGUACAGAGCAUGUGCAAGCCUAUAUCCCAGAUGCCAGGUGGUACGAAUAUGAAUCGGAGAUGGAGAUUUCUGAGCGUAAGCAGCAUGUGAACAUGUACCUUCCAGCUGACAAACUUGGUUUGCACAUCAGGGGUGGAGCCAUCCUGCCAACCCAAAGACCUGCAGUUACCACCACAUUCAGUCGGCGUAAUCCCAUGGGUCUGAUCAUUGCUCUCGAUGACAGGAACGAGGCGUCAGGCGAGCUAUUCUGGGAUGAUGGAGACUCGCGAGGCACAGUUGAGUCUGGAAAAUUCAUCCAUUACCAGUUUAAAGUGCUGCUUGGAAUACUGACCAUGACAGUAACACAAAACGGCUACACUGACCCCAACAACCUGAAGUUUGAGGACAUUACUGUUCUUGGAGUUGAGGCCCAACCAGGCUCUGUGUCCAUCACUCAAGGCGAGACGAUCACUUCAGUACCAGCCUCAAACAUCAUGUAUGAUGCCACAAAGAAGGUACUGCACCUGAAAGGCCUGGGGCUGGAGCUGGGGAAGGACUACAAAGUCAGCUGGGACACAGUCAUCGCAGACUUUGAGCGCAUUGACUGCCACCCUGAGGAGAACAGCGACGAGACUAAAUGUCGGGCGAGGGGCUGCAACUGGCAGACAUCGAAUGUGGCUGGAGUGCCUUGGUGUUACUUCCCCACUGACUACGGUUACACAGCAUCUGGGGUGUCAGAAACAGCAACAGGCUGGCAGUUCGACAUCAACAGAAACACGAAGUACAGUUUUGAACGGCCAGGCUCCCCUAACAUCAACAGGCUCCGUGUGGAGAUCAGCUACCUCACUGGACAUAGCCUGAGAUUUAAGGUCUACGACCCACUCAGCAGUCGCUAUGAAGUCCCUGUUCCUCUCAACCUGCCACCCACUCUAGAGUCAGAUGCAGCCAAGAGAAUGUACACAGUGGAAGUCAGCCAGAACCCGUUUGGCAUCAGGAUUAUCAGGAAAGAGACAAAGACUGUCAUAUGGGACUCUGUUCUCCCCGGAUUCACCUUCUCUGACAUGUUUAUCCAAAUCUCCACGCGUCUCCCCACUGAGUAUAUCUAUGGCUUUGGCGAGACAGAACACACUUCCUUUAAACACGAAAUGAACUGGCAUACCUGGGGCAUGUUCACCAAGGACCAGCCUCCUGGGUAUAAACUGAACUGCUAUGGUGUACAUCCCUUCUACAUGGGCUUGGAGAGCAGCAACCAUGCUCACGCUGUCCUUCUGUUGAAUAGUAAUGCUAUGGAUGUGACCGUCCAGCCCACACCUGCCCUGACCUACCGCACACUUGGAGGAAUCCUGGACUUCUAUAUGAUGUUAGGACCCACUCCAGAGCAGGUGGUGCAGGAGUACACUGACCUGAUUGGCCGCCCCGUUCUCCCAGCCUACUGGUCCCUUGGAUUCCAACUCUGUCGCUAUGGAUAUGUUAACGAUCAAGAGAUAUCAGAUCUUUACCAUGAUAUGAGGGCAGCAGGUAUUCCCUAUGAUGUGCAGUACGCCGACAUUGACUACAUGGAGAGACAGCUGGCCUUUAAACUGGACAUGGAGAACUUUGCUGGUCUCCCAGCGCUGGUUGACAGGCUGCAGGCAGAGGGCAUGCGUUUCAUGUUCAUUACGGAUCCAGCUAUGUCAGGCAAUGAGACUCAACCAUACCGUCCCUUCACUAAUGGAGUUACUCAAGACGUCUUCAUCAAAUGGCCUGAAGCACUUGGCGGUGACAUUGUCUGGGGGAAGGUCUGGCCUGACUAUCCAAAUGUCAUAGUUGAUGACUCUUUGGACUGGGACACCCAAGUGGAGCUGUACAGGGCUCAUACGGCAUUCCCCGAUUUCCUCUAUAACAAAACAUCCGAAUGGUGGUAUGAGGAACUGUUGGCCUUCUACAACAUUGUGAAGUAUGACGGCUUGUGGAUUGACAUGAAUGAACCUGCGAGCUUUGUGCAUGGUACUGUUGGAGGAGUUUGCCGAGGCGAAAACAAAUACGACUUCCCUCCAUACAUGCCACCCCUGGAAUCCAAGCAUAUGGGUCUGAAACACAAGACCCUGUGUAUGAACGCCGAACAGCGUCUGAACGAUGGUACACCAGUCAAACACUACGACGUCCACAACCUGUACGGCUGGUCGCACGCUAAACCAAGCUAUGAUGCCUUGUUGAGAAUAACUGGUAAGAGAGGAAUUGUUGUGAGCCGAUCCACGUACCCGUCCAGUGGAAGAUGGGUAGGGCACUGGCUGGGAGAUAACAAUGCCAGCUGGGACCAGCUUUACAAGUCUAUCAUUGGAAUGUUGGAGUUCAGCUUGUUUGGUAUCUCUUAUACUGGUGCUGAUAUCUGUGGCUUCUUCAACAAGGCAGAAUAUGAAAUGUGUUUACGUUGGAUGCACCUGGGAGCUUUCUACCCAUACUCACGCAACCACAAUGGCCUGGGCAACCCGAGACAAGACCCCGUGGCGUGGGAUCAACCCUUUGCUGAAGCAUCUCGUGAUGUGUUGAAUAUCCGCUACACCCUCCUGCCCUACCUGUACACCCUGCUGUUUGAAGCCCACAGUCAGGGGAGCACUGUGGUACGGCCCCUCCUCCAUGAGUUUGUGAAUGACAGACAAACAUGGGAAAUCCACAGACAGUUUCUUUGGGGCCCUGCACUCCUUAUUAGCCCUGCUCUAGAUCCGGGUGUUACUACAGUGCGAGGUUACAUCCCAGAUGCACGCUGGUAUGAUUAUCACACGACAAUGGACAUUGGUGUGAGGAAACAGUAUUUUGACAUGUAUACUCCUCUCAAUCACAUUAAUUUACAUGUCAGAGGCGGUCACAUCCUACCCUGGCAGGCACCUGCCGCCAACACUAAUGCCAGUCGCACUAAUCCUCUGGGACUCCUUGUUGCCCUUGGAGACGAUGGAACGGCACAGGGAUCUCUGUUCUGGGAUGAUGGAGAUGGCAUUGACACUUAUGAGAGGGGGGCAUAUCUGUAUGAGACAUUCUCCGUGAGUAAGAAUACUCUGUCAAUCACGGUAAUUCACAAUGGCCUAGCUCCAACAGACCGUCUGAAGUUGGGGAAGGUGAGAGUCUGGGGAGCAGGGUCUUUGCUGGUUACUGAGGUCACCAUGAAAGUGCCUGGCCAAGCAGACUCCUCACUGCCAUUCACACACAAUACGGCUACACAGGAACUGGAAAUUGAUGCAACAGCAAGGAAUCAUUUUGUGGACACACAAUUCACCAUCACUUGGAAUACUGGAGUUUAA